UCUUCUUCUUGGACCUUGGAGGAGGAUUCUUGAUCGAUCGACCGUCUUCUUCUUGGACCUUGGAGGAGGAUUCUUGAUCGACCGACCGAUCGCCGGCCGGCCAUGUCGAUCCGGAAGGCGCUGGGCGCGGUCAAGGACCAGGCCACCAUCGGCAUCGCCAAGGUGUCCAGCGCGGCGGCGGCUGACCUGGACGUGGCCGUCGUGCGCGCCACGGCGCACGACGACGGGCCGCCCGACGAGCGGCACGUGCAGGAGGUGCUCCGCCUCACGUCCGGCUCCUCGAGGGCCCACGUCGCCGCCUGCGUCGCCACCGUGUCCCGCCGCCUCGCCAGGACCCGCGACUACGUCGUCGCCGCCAAGUGCCUCGCGCUGCUCCACCGCCUCGUGGCCGACGGCGACCCGCACUUCCGCCACGAGCUCGCCCGCCCCGCCGCCCGCCGCGCCGGCUCGGUGCUGGCCGCGCUCUCCGGCUUCCGCGACGAGGCGCACUCUGCGUCCUGGGACCACUCCGCCUUCGUGCGCGCCUACGCGCUCUACCUCGACGACCGCGUCCGCUUCCUCCUCGCCCUCCUCCCCGCGCCCCGCACCGUGCGCUUCGCCGACCACGACGGCUACGGCUACGGCUACGGCCGCGCCGCCGGGGGCGGCGAGGCGCCGCCUCCGGACAUGACGGUCUCCGUCCACGACAUGGACGUCGAGGGCCUGCUGGCGCGCGGGCUGCAGCUGCGCCAGCUCAUCGACCGCUUCCUCGCCUGCCGCCCCACCGGAGCCGCCAGGCGCAGCCGCGUCGUGCUUGCCACGCUCUGGCCGGUCGUCAAGGAGAGCGCCCGGCUCUACGAGGACGUCGCCGUCGUCCUCGCCGUCCUGCUCGACCGCUUCUUCGACAUGGAGUACCCCGACUGCGUCAGGGCCUUCGAGGCUCACGUCAGCACCGCCAGGCUCGUCGACGACCUCCUCGCCUUCUACUCCUGGUGCGACGACGCCGGCGUCGCGCGCUCCUCCGACCUCCCGAAUGUCAAGCCCAUCGACCACAAGCUCCUCGAGACGCUCGAGCAGUUCGUGCGUGAGCGCGGCAGGGCUGGCCAGUCCUCCUCGCCGCCGCCUCGACAGCUUCAGCACGCUGUCCAAGAAGCUUCCCGGAGCGAGGACGAGCACCGCCACGCAGAGUACCACCACAUGAACGGCAUCAAGGCGCUCCCGGCCCCAGAGCACAUCAACGCUGCGACGGUGGCGCGGCCACGGCCGGCUCAAGCUAGCGUCCCGCCGGUGGCCAGGGCACCGGAGGAUCAGACCAGUGACCUGGUGGACCUAAGGGAGUCUGCGGCAGCAGCCGACGAGCAGGGGAACAAGCUGGCGCUGGCGCUCUUCUCCGAGGCGCCAUCACAGUCCGCGAACGGCAGCUGGGUGGCGUUCCCGUCCGACGACGGCGCCCCCAAGGAAACGACGACCUCCGCGUGGCAGACACCGGCGGCAGAGCCGGGGAAGGCCGACUGGGAGCUGGCGCUGGUGGAAACGGCAAGCAACCUGUCAAAGCAGACGGCAGCUCUGGGCGGCGGGAUGGACCCGCUCCUCCUGCACGGGAUGUACGACCAGGGCGCCGUCCGGCACCACGCGCGCGCGCAGGCCGCGUCCGGGAGCGCGAGCAGCGUGGCGCUCCCGGGCACCCACAACAUCCUGGCGCUCCCCGGGCCAGACGGCGUGGCCGGAGGGGACCCGUUCGCGGCGUCGCUGGCCGUGCCGCCGCCGUCGUACGUGCAGAUGGCGGAGAUGGAGAGGAAGCAGGAGCUGCUGGCGCAGGAGCAGAGGAUGUGGGCGCAGUACCGGCAGGGCGGGAUGCAGGGGCAGGCCGGGCUCAACGGCGUCGCCGUCGGCGGCGGCGGGAGCGCGUUCGCGUCCAACACCUCCGUGCCCAUGCCGAUGCCCAUGGCCUACCACGGAGCCGGCGCGUACUACUACUAGCUACAAUCCUCGAGCUCGAGCUAAGCCCGUCUCUCAACUUUUAUCUGUGAAUAAUAAUACUCUGAACUUUGAUCGUGAUUUACUACGAAAAAACUAUUGUAACUCGAAUUCAUUUGAUCCUGCUCGAUCGAUCGCUGAGGUAACCAUGGCGAUUGAGAAUUUUGAGAUUGAUGGUGAAAAUAUACAGUAAAAUGCUGAUAAGAAAUCAGUUUUUUUUUCCUCAUUUGAUCUGUCAUCUAUGAUGUUUGGAAUUUGCCGGUGUACGGAAUUUUUCAUGCUAAUUAAUUUGUCGUUGUUGUGAUA